UGUUCUGUCGGCCAUUUUGACAAGCGGCCAUUAAUCCGAACUAACUCUGUUUUGUCUUAGUACGGUCUCCGUUCGCUGUUCUGCACAUUGUUAGCAUCGUUCACAUGGCUUUUCUGCCCAUAGGAUACGCGCCUUCUAGUUGCGGUUACGCUGAAUACGUGCACAGCUGGCAUGCUUAUCGGUCGUCGCCCGUUGGCUUUUUCGCUUUCGUUUUAUUAGCGAAGUCUGCAUAGAAAAUUGCUGGUUCAAAUUGCUAGUUGCUAGUUGGCUCUUUGGUUCAGAAAGACUGAGAACCCUUUUUCCCGUCGGUUGGCAUCGUUGCGGAAGUUAUCAGGCUGUCUCGUUCGAAUUCCGUACCAUUUUCACUCGGCACAUCGUUCGCCUUUCUACUAUUCACUUGUCUGACAAGAAUGCACCUGUACGAAGAUGGUGAACGCUUUCUGUACAUCUGGAACAGCGUGGAUGUCGAGAUUGAUGGCCAGGUGCAGCACGGCCACGUUAUCGGCUUGGAGCAGACUCCGCCGCGUUUAAUUGUCGAUUUCGGUUGCCCGACACAGCAGGCGGUGCUGGUGGAAUACGGAAAGAUCUGGAAAAGCUCCACCAUUCGACACAGUCGGGCGCGCGAAGGCGCCGCUGUAGAGGUGCUGUUGCACGACGGCCAGCAUCGCCCUUGGAAGUGGCACCCCGCAAAAAUGCUUAUUCCUGGGUUGGCCUUCGGCCGUCUGGAAGAUAUGGCGCUGGUGGAGGUGGUGAUGGACGGGCAGUGUCGUCGCGAAGUGAUUCCCUGCCGACAGAUUCGCGAUGUGGUGGGAAAAACUGCCCGGCCAGGACUCAUUGCAGCGGACCAUUUUGUCAUGGGAGCGUGCAAUGUGCCAGAAGGGUACUCGAAUCUGCAGCCGUCUGUAGCCGCUUCCCUGCUGCGAGAAUUUGAGCAGUCUUUUGAGUUGCGGUUUGUCAAGGUUCUUGAUAAGGAGAUGCGCUAUCUGCGGACCCUCAACAAGCAUUCUUGGUGGGAUGAACAUAUUGCUAUUUGUUUUGAACGAGACUUUUACCGCGACGCGCUCCGGAAAAACAACGACUCAUGUGCAGAGCCCGAGGUUGAGUCGAAGCCUAAACGGAGAAAGCUGUUGCACGUGGGUGAUGAAGGUUCCACGUUGCCUGUGGUUUUUUUCGAUGCAGGCAGCUUCAAGUUGCCUAUCGAACUGCUACAGGAAAUCUUCCAGUCACUGGACACCAUCGAUCGACAGCGUUGUCGGCGCACUUGCCAACUGUGGGAGGUCAUCCUGACCACGGGGGAGAUGGGUCUCGAGGUGCGUGUAUCGCGGGAGCCACCCACCCCUCCGCUGCGGCAGAAGUGGGACUGCAACUACCCCAUGUACGCCUGCAUCCUUAAGCUCAUCACGCCCGCCACCCGCACCGUCAGCAUUCGCGAUGCCGAAACUCCUGGUCUCCGCCUGCGUGGUACGCUGGGCUUAAUCAGUAAGGUCUUGCUCAGGGGCGGCCUGCACCUGGACCGACUCGUCAUGUACCAGCGAGCCAUCCGCAUAACAGCGUUGACGUACGAUGGUAAAUGGAAACUCAACUCACUGUGCGCUGAGAUUUCCGAGCACCUGUCCAAGCUGGUGGCGUGCUGUGAUCGGCUAAUUUGGAAAGAUCAAGUUCUCACACUGCUGGACAAGAAACACGCGGCUUUGAUGGAUUUCCGGAUUUCCCUUGCUGUGUUCACCACGGGACAUGUCGAUGAGGAACGCAUUGUGGAUGUGUUAGAGCAGCAUCUGCUCUACGAAGGGGAGUUGUUGGAUGUGCGGCGCAUUGCCCAGUACUUGGCCCAUCGGAUCGACUGCAAGAGGAACGCCAAGAAAGUGAAAGAGAUCCUACGGAACUUCCAGUCUUGCGAUCCUCGUUCGUCGGCGCAUUACCGAAACCACACGUGGACGCUGUACAAUGUAGCCAGCGUGGAUGUGAGCCAGCUCAACCGGUUGUGCCUGUACGCCUUAUGGCGCGGCAUACAGGACUGGUGGCCGGCAUCCGGGAAUGACGCCGCGCAAGCUGUACAUUCCGACGAGUCCAGCAGUGAAUCCAGCAAUACCACAGAUUCCGAGUCGGAUGGCGGCGAGGAGUAAACAGUUUCAAAUUUUGU